AUGGACUGGAAGACGCUGCAGGCCCUCCUGAGUGGCGUAAACAAGUACUCCACGGCAUUUGGGCGCAUCUGGCUGUCGGUGGUGUUCGUCUUCCGCGUGCUGGUGUACGUCGUGGCCGCGGAGCGCGUGUGGGGGGACGAGCAGAAGGACUUCGACUGCAACACUAAGCAGCCCGGCUGCACCAACGUCUGCUACGACAACUUCUUCCCCAUUUCCAACAUCCGCCUCUGGGCCCUGCAGCUCAUCUUCGUCACGUGCCCCUCGCUGCUGGUCAUCUUGCACGUGGCCUACCGGGAGGAGCGCGAGCGCCGGCACCGCCAGAAGCACGGGGACCAGUGCGCCAAGCUGUACGCCAACGCGGGCAAGAAGCACGGCGGCCUGUGGUGGACCUACUUGUUCAGCCUCAUCUUCAAGCUCCUCAUCGAAUUCCUCUUCCUCUACGUGCUGCACACGCUCUGGCAUGGCUUUGGCAUGCCACGCCUGGUGCAGUGUGCCAACGUGGCGCCCUGCCCCAACGUCGUGGACUGCUACAUCGCGCGGCCCACCGAGAAGAAGGUCUUCACCUACUUCAUGGUGGGUGCCUCUGCCGUCUGCAUCGUGCUCACCAUCUGCGAGAUCUGCUACCUCAUCUUCCACAGGGUCCUGCGAGGCAUAGCCAGGAACAAGCCCCCGAAGGGCCACAGCCUCCCAUCCUCCACCAGCCGGGCCUCCACCUGCCGCUGCCACCACAAGCUGGUGGAGGCUGGGGAGCUGGGCUCCGACUCUGGCGACGACAAGAGACACGCGUCUGCACCCAGCAUGACCCCCAUCUGA